AUGCUUGAUAUAUCAGGUGAUUUAUAUGAAGGAGUCUGGAAAGAUAAUAAACUUAAUGAAUAUGGAAGAUAUAUUUUUGGUAGUGGAAAGUAUUUUAUUGGUGAGUACAAAGAUGGAUAGUAAUCUGGAUAUGGUAAAUAUUAUUAGGAUGAUGGAUGUUCAUAUGAAGGAUAAUUAACAAAUGAUUCUUAUGAAGGAUUAGGAUUGUUUAAAUGGUACGAUGGAGAUUAAUAUUAUGGAUAAUGGGUAAAUAAUGAGAGAUAAGGUUUAGGAGUAUACACUUACAAUAAUGGAGAUAUUGAUUUUGGAUAAUGGUUUCUUAGUGAUAAACAUGGAAUUAGAAUACCAAUCAUUAAAUGUCAUUGCAAAUGUCUUAUUGAAGUGCUAAGCAUAAAACUCAGAGAGAAAUCAGUAACUUCCAAUCAAUUGAGCCUGAAGUACAAAAUCCUUAGAAAUCUAUAUUAUCCUUAUCUUGCAAUUAAACUCACUUGCUACAAAAGUAUGAUUCAGAAAUUUGGGGGGAUUAGAUAAAUGAUAGAAAUUAAAAAAAAUAAAGAUUAACUUCAUAAAAUUGCCUAGGAUCCAUUUAACAUUGAGGAUAAUAUAACAUUGGACUGCUUUGUUUGCUUCAACUAUAGAUUAUUUUUGAAAGUGCUUGUUUAUCAUAUUGCAUUCUUUUACCUCAUUGGGCCUUUUAUGAUCCUCAUAUUUUUUCUUAUUGAAGGUAAAACUUUUACCUAUAAUAUGGGAUUCUAUGGCUAUACUAAAACUCAUUUUAAUUAAGCUAUUCAUGCAAUAUGCUUUUUAACAAGCGUUUUAUUAUUCUACUUCUAAGGGGAAAAAUGCAGACUGAAUCCAAUUGAGGUGUUCAUGUCAAGCAUUAGCACUUUAAUUUUCUGUUUAAUAAUAGCUCUGAGGUAUGGAUCCUCACCUGAAAUCAGAAUAAUAUAGCAAUACCAAAGAAGAUUUACAGAAGAAGAUGACCAAAUGGAAUUUAUGGUUAAAUCUUGGAAAAAAUUAAAUAUGAAAACUAUUGAUACUCAUAUUAAGUGCUCAAUGGUUAGAAAUGAUAUCGAGAAUCUCACAUUUCAAGUAAUGUUUCUUAGUAAGAUUUCUGAUGAUUUUCAUAAAAGACUGUCCAACUACAGAUAUUACGAAGAGAAUCCCAAUGAAUUAAAAACAGUGAGAGAUUCUUACAAGAAAUUAAUGAAAAGCUUCGAAAUUAAAAGAUAAAAUGUACUAAUCAAUUAAAGCAAAUUGGAGAUGAAAGUAAAUCUAGAUUAGAUUAAUAACAACUUGCAUUAUUAUUCAACAAAAAAGUCAAUCGGAGAGGAUGAAAACUAACAAAUCGAUAUUAUACUUGCUAAUUAAGAUGAAUUGAGUAGAAAAUAUCCAGCAAGACUCUUUUUAAAAGAGUUACUGCUUUCAACUGAAAUUCUCUAAAAAUAAAGACCUUCUAUAGUUUUUAAAGUUUUUUCCAUUGUACAUUCUUUGCUGCCUUUCAUUCUGACAUUUAACUCAGACUUCAAUUCUAGGGAAUCAGAUAAAAAUUGGUAUAGAAGAUAUCAAUAGUGGUAAUUUUGGGUAUUUUUUAUUACCAAUUUCUACAUAAAUUCGUUUAUUUAUUAUCACUAAUCAAUGUUUUUGGAGAUUAGUCUCAUUGAUUUUAGAAGAAGAUACUACUUGAUGAAUUAGAUAUAAAAUCUUAUAGAGCCUAAUAGAAUGAGGCUGAAGAGUUAUGAAAAAAUUUAUCCUUUGAUUAAUAUUUUUGAUAAGCAAUCAUUGAUGAGUUGGCUAGAUAUAAGAAUUCUAGCACUUGAUAUUGGAUAUUGA